AUGUUGAAAUUUUCAUUCUCGUUUCCAGGGAAAGUUAUUCUUUUUGGAGAACACGCAGUGGUUUAUGGCGAAGCUGCUGUCGCUUCUGCUAUUUCCAGAAGAAUGUUCGCUAGUGGGAAAAUUUAUCCAUCAAAUAAAUCCUUUGUUAACGUGACAUUUGAAGAUAAAGUCAUCAGCUAUGAUCCAUUCGAUAACGUACACAAGGAUAAUCGCACAACUUACUAUAUGAUCCGCUCUGCUUUUGAUGGAUUAGUUCCGAAAAAUUAUCAACUGGAUAUUAAUAUCAUUCAAGACUUCCCAACUGGUGGACUCGGAUCUUCUGCAUCAUUGUGCGCAUGUAUGGCCGCUAUAGCUUCCAAAAUCAGUAAUGGAAAUUUAAGUCACGACUUUAUCUUCCAAAGAACCAAAGAAUUAGAGAAAUUCUACCAUGGAAAUCCAUCAGGAAUUGAUCCAGCUACAGUUGUAUACGGAGGAGGCAUCAAAAUGGAAAAUCGAACAUUAAAACAAGUAAAAUUACCAGAAGUACCUCUUCUUAUUGUUGGAACCAACCGCGAACGCAAUACAAAAGCAGCAGUAUCUCACGUCAAAGACUUAUUGACCCAAUAUCCCAAAGUUUUCAAACCAUUAAUUAAAUCAAUGGGCGAUAUUACGAAUUCUUUCUUAGAAUCGAAAGAUUCUGACAAGAAACAAGUAAUGCAUGACCUCUUCUACCCAGCGCACUGCUUAUUGUCCAGUUUUGGCUUGAGUUGCCAUGAGUCAGAAGACAUUGUGAAAAUUGCAGUCAACAAUGCUCUUUCUGCAAAAAUCUCUGGCGCAGGAAUGGGAGGAAUCAUGCUUGUGACUGGCCCAGACGUAGAAAAGAAGGCUUCAUUGUUUUCUAAAUAUAAUGUUGUCGCUGCAAGCAUUGGUGCCGAGGGCAUGAGAGAAGAACCUAUAAAUUUUGAAUAA